AACAAUGUGAAAUAGAACUAUUUUUGUUGUGGUUCAACUUCAAAAAAAAACAACUGGUAGUUUUUAAGCUCUGAAUUUUGUCCCGAUGACUGUCCUGGAACGCUUAUUUCUAUUGUCUAUGUGUCACAAUCUUCAUCUACACAAUCAUGCAGCAGUCAUCAAUUAUUAACGAACAAUUCGUUUCCGAUCUAAAUACAGCGACAAAAUUAAAGCCAAUCGAUAAAGCGGUGACUCAAAAGGACGAAAUUAACACACGGCAAAAACAAGAAGGUUUUUUGUCAGCAAAAGACCAAGAGUUACAAUUUCAAUCAGUUGUGCUGGAUUUGACCUCCAAUGAAAUCCCAUCAGAGAAUCGAAUAAUUUUAAAAGCUCGACGGAAGAUAUCAAAUUGUGAUUCAGGCAGAAGAAAAGAGGAAAGUGCAUCUGAUGUUCUGAGUCAAUUCUGGUCCCUGGUGUUGUUUGUGUUUUGUCAGUGGAGGCGUUGUCUGGCUAGUCUGAAGCUUAUGGCCAGACGAAACCAUCCUGAGUUUGUGGCGCUUGUCAACUCCAUCCUAUUGCCUUUACUCAUAUCACUGUUUGCUGAAAUAGGACCAGUGACGACUAAGAAACUGUACAUAGCUUACAGAGAGGGGCCUUUCUUCCCGAACAACUCCAACAUAGUGCCACCUAACUUCAUCGAUGUCUAUACUGGAAAGCUAGAAGGCCUAUCGCACAUCUAUGCAGCGAGUAAUGUGGUUGUUUUUAUGAGUUACACUCAUUGGUCUAUCAACUGCCAAGACUCGAGAGACGUCUUCUUGGAACUAGCCAGAGAGUUCUCGGAGUCAGACGACGAAACCACAGAAAAAGUGGCCUUUGUGGCCAUAAACUGCUGGCUACCAAAAAGCCAGUGUCGCAAAGUAUCCAGGGCAAUUGGGCCGUUUCCGAGGUUCAUCAUCUACAUUCCAGAGUUGUCGAGACACGUGUGGUACAGUGGACCGGUUACCGUGACUGCAAUUCGCAAUGAAAUAGCUCGCCUCUUGCAACCAUACACGGUGGUUUCGACGAUAGAAGAAUUGCGAGAAGCCAUGACUAGACAUCCGUCUACUCUGGUCCUCGCUCCAUCCCAGACAACCCUCGCCACUCAUUCAUAUCUGACUCACUUUCUCAAGGUACUCCACAUGGUGGGGUCCAGGAUGUCUUCUAUUGUUCAGGUUGCUCCUUGGAGUACUCCUCAGAUGAUUGUGAUUAACGAUCCAACUCUCAGGAGAUACGUAUGUGCUUUGGAUUGUGGAUUCAGCAUACAAAGGUGCAACAGUCUCACGACGGAAAAUAUAGCUGUUUUGUACCGAGGUCAAAAGUCAAUCAAGUUCAUUCAGCUCACGAACGAUGAAACUUUGUUCGAUAACAUCUUCAGUGCAGUGAGGACUCUUCUUGCGCCCUCCAUCGGCGAAAAAGUGUGGCGUGAGUCACCUAUGCUGUACAUGUACAUGCCUGGAAUAGUUUCAAUUCCAUCGGUCAGUGCUAGAAGCUCGAUUUCACUGGACGGAGUUCUGAAAAAUAACAAUGAUUUCACGUUUGUUCUCAACUCAAAUAGUCCGAAGUUAAUUGAAGAUUUCCUUGAUGUUAAAAAUUUAUUAGAAAGGUGUAGAAAUCAUUAUAAAAAGCUGUACUGCGUUUCGCAAAUUAACAACCGGGAAGUCAAACGUAACGACAGUGAAAAUGGUGCUAGUGUGAGUUAUUGUCAAUUUUGUUCAAAACACGCGAAUGUUUCGAAAACAGUUAGCCUUAUGCAUCAUAAUGGAUCCUCUGAUUUCAAUCGCUAUUUUCUUCUUGGUCUUCAAAAUUCAUUCCAAAAGUUUUGUUACCCGAGUUUUCACGAAUUACAAGCUGUCAUAGAAACUGUUGAAGAAGACGUUGCGUAUCAAAAUCGAUUAUCAGGUAUCAAAUCAGCUUUAUUUGCAACUCGCAAAACGAACUUAUUAGAUGAGCUCUUUUUGUCUUUGUCGACAUGUACGCAUAACAAGUCAAUGACCUUUGCAAUUAGUUCCCAAAUCCAUCAGUGUGACCCUGACAUAGAAACUUGCCUGGGUUUAAAUUAUUCUUACCUUAUGGUUUACGACAGGUUAUCAAACAAUCAAGUAUAUAAAUUAUCGCCUCUUGGUUCCAUUGAAGAUUUUCUACAGGUAUUAUCUGAUAUAGUUAGACAGUCAUACAGUGUAAUAACAUCGAACUUGAUACAUUUCCUCAAACCACCUUCCCAUUUUCUUCACGAGAAACUUGGAGUGGCAGUAUUGUCGAACGAGUUGAGGAAAACUUUGAGCUACACGAGUAAGUUAAAAUAUGGAGAUAUGAACCCUUCGGAUAACAAAGGCGUCACGUAUGCCAAACUGUCAUCCUAUUGCCGCUCUGACGAUAUUUGGUCAGGUGCCAACUCGAAUAACUGUCUCGUUUUGCACUACAACAGCUGGUGUGGUUUUUGCAAAACAGUUAUGCAUGUUUUUCAAACUGUCGGAAGUAUGAUGACGUCGGCUUUCCCGAACGUGACCGACUUCGUGAAGGUCAACUCGGGAAUAGAGAGGAUACCGGAACAGCACAAAUUCGCCAAGUUUCCGACCAUAGUUUUCUACCCGGCGGCUGAAAAUUGUCGGAAGGAAUAUGUUGUCGAUGAAGAUGGAAUAAAGGUCCAGAAAAUUAGCCAGAUGAAAAACUUCACAUAUACGUACCCAGAUGAUAUUGCAGUUACAGUGCCUAAUUUAUAUGGAUUUGUAAGGCUUCAUUCUGGCGUUUAUUGAUUAAUAUUUUUCGAUUUCAUUAAGAGUUGAUGAACGUAGUUCAGAAUCUUAUAUAGUUCGUGAUGAUUUUUUUUAGUUU